CAUACAUUUGUCCUCUUCUCUCCUUGUGCAGUUCGGUUGUCUGCAGUUGGUAUUUAAAUCUAAGAAAUUGUUGAUUAACUUGAUCAAAAUGUUUUCCACGAUGUCGAAAACCCUCUCCACUGGAGGCUUAAUAUGUAGAAACUUCUCAUCGUCUACGAAACGACAAGCAAAAGUUGCUGUUUUGGGGGCCAGCGGAGGAAUUGGACAACCUAUGUCUUUACUAAUCAAACAAAAUCCUCUUGUAUCCCAUCUAUCUUUGUACGAUAUAGCUCAUACUCCUGGAGUAGCGGCUGAUUUAAGCCAUAUCAAUUCUGCUGCAAAAGUAACUGGUCAUAUGGGUCCAGACCAAUUAAGUGCUUGUUUGGACAAAUGUGACAUUGUUGUCAUCCCUGCUGGUGUCCCACGUAAACCUGGUAUGACUAGAGAUGAUUUAUUCAACACAAAUGCAUCAAUUGUACGAGACUUAACUGAUGCUUGUGCAAGAGUCUGUCCUCAAGCUAUGAUUUGCAUUAUAGCUAACCCUGUUAAUUCUACAGUACCAAUUACUGCUGAAGUUUUUAAAAAGCAUAAUGCUUUUGAUCCUAAGCGAAUAUUUGGUGUUACUACGCUUGAUGUUGUCAGAGCAAAUGCAUUUAUUGCUGAAGCAAAGGGAUUAGAUGCCGCUGAAGUGAGUUGCCCUGUUGUGGGAGGCCAUGCUGGCAUAACUAUUGUGCCUUUAAUUUCUCAGUGUAAGCCUGCAGUUUCAUUUGAUGCUGAUAAGUUAGAUGCAAUGACGAAGCGAAUUCAAGAUGCAGGGACCGAAGUUGUGAAAGCUAAAGCUGGUGCUGGAUCAGCUACAUUAUCAAUGGCUUUUGCUGGUGCACGCUUUACAUUCUCUCUGUUGAAUGCAAUGAAAGGAAAAACAGGAGUCAUUGAAUGUGCCUAUGUGAAGUCUAAUGAAACAGAUGCAUCAUACUUUGCAACACCCAUUCACCUAGGGCCUAAUGGAAUGGAGAAGAACCUUGGCCUUGGAAAACUAUCAGCAUACGAAAAGGAUUUAGUGGAGAAAGCUAUUCCUGAACUGAAAGCCAGCAUUAAAAAGGGAGAAGACUUUGUACACAAAUAAUUUAAUUGAAGAAGCUUAUUCCAUUUAGUUAGCCACAUGGAAGUGCAGAAAAUCAUGAUGAUUGAUACUUAGUGUUAAAAACUUUGUAUAUAAUUCUCGAAAUCCACGAAAAUAUGUAAAUGUUUCAAAAUAAAGA